CUGUGUUAGUUGGUUGUUUUAGUGAAGUAGUGUGAGAUUUGUUGUUUAGAAGAGAAGAAACUUCAGAUAGAAUCAAUGCAUCUCAAAUAAAGUUUUUUUUUCAUGUAAAUUUAUUAUUAAAUCCCACCGAUUGCAGAUUCAUGAAAAUGAAGAAACCAAAUUUAAUUUAUGCAUCUGUAUUUUUAAUAAUUUUAAAAUUAGAUUUAAGUUUUGGACAGAAACAUCAAUAUACAUUGGGUAGAGAUUUACCACAAGUGUCUUCCAGAAAAGGUUACAGUCCAACAAAUAAACAUCCAUGCGAACAAAAAUCCUGUUAUCCUGCAACCGGUAAUUUAUUAAUUGGUCGAGAAAAACAACUGUGGGCAUCAUCGACAUGUGGUGUCAAAAGACAUGAAAAAUUUUGUAUUGUUUCGCAUUUAAAAGAUUCGAAAAAAUGCUUUUAUUGUGAAUCAAACGAACGCACACGUAAAAAUCCUAAAUAUAAUCAUGAAAUACGUAAUAUUGUUUAUAAGUAUUUCCCAGGAACUAGAGAAGAAUCUUGGUGGCAAUCAGAAAAUGGUAAAGAAAAUGUAACCAUUCAAUUAAAUAUGGAAGCCGAAUUUCAUUUCACACAUUUAAUCAUCGUAUUUAAAACAUUUAGACCAGCUGCCAUGUUAAUCGAACGAUCAUAUGAUUUCGGUAAAACUUGGCAAGUUUAUCGAUAUUUUGCGAGUGAUUGUCGUGAAAGUUUCCCAGGUGUACCAACGGAAACAAUAAAAAAAUUCACAGACGUAAUAUGUGAAUCACGAUAUUCAAAAGUUUCACCAUCAACUGGCGGUGAAGUAAUCUUCCGAGUUUUGCCACCAUUUUUAAAAUCACUGGCACCAGCUAAUCCGUAUACACCAGAAGUACAAGACUUACUGAAAAUGACAAAUUUACGUAUAAAUUUUACGAAAUUACAUACUUUGGGUGAUGAUUUACUAGACGAUAGGGCUGAAAUACAAGAGAAAUAUUAUUAUGCUAUAACAAAUAUGGUUGUGCGAGGUUCGUGUUCAUGUUAUGGUCAUGCAAGUAUGUGUCUGCCAUUAGAUGAUACUGAAUCAAGAUCACCUGAUAUGGUUCAUGGACGAUGUGCUUGUGUCCACAAUACAAAAGGUGCUAAUUGCGAAGAAUGUGAAGAUUUUUACAAUGAUUUACCAUGGCAACCUGCGAUCGGAAAACAGAGUAACGCCUGUCAGAUUUGUAAUUGCAACAACCACACGGAAAGUUGCCAUUUUGAUGCGGCCGUUUUCCAAGCAAGUGGAAAUAUUAGUGGGGGAGUAUGUGAUGGCUGUCAACAUAACACAAUGGGAAUACAUUGUGAAAUGUGUAAACCAUAUUAUUAUUUGGAUCCGACCAGAAGAAUCCAAGAUUCAGAUGCUUGUCUACCGUGUGAUUGCGAUCCAAGUGGAUCUUUGGAUCAAGGAAUCUGCGACUCAUUAACCGACGAAAUCAACAAUCAAGAAGCAGGCAGCUGUCAUUGUAAAGCAAAUGUUGAAGGACGUCGCUGUGAUACAUGCAAAAAUGGUUUUUGGAAUUUUACAUCAGUAAAUCCAGAUGGCUGCGAAGCAUGUACCUGUAAUACGUUAGGUACAAUUGAUAAUCAAGGUUGUGACAUAAAUACUGGCGAGUGUACAUGUAAACGGUAUGUAACCGGACGUGAUUGUCAACAAUGUUUACCGGAAUUUUGGGGCUUGUCAACACGCAAAGAUGGAUGUCAACCGUGUGAUUGUGAUCCUGGUGGCGCGUUUGACAAUAAUUGUGAUAUUAUUACUGGGCAAUGUAGGUGUCGAGAAAACGUUCAAGGCAGACGUUGCGAUGAACCUAAACAGUAUUAUUAUGCACCCUCUUUGGAACAUAUUAUUUAUGAGGCAGAAGACGCUGAUGGAAGUCCGGACAGUCAAAUAAUAAUACGUGAACCAUUUAGAGAUGGACGAGAAAAUACAUGGACUGGUAAAGGUUUUAAAAAUUUACAAGAAGGUUCAAAAUUAAGAUUCAACGUUGAUAAUUUACCGAGAACCAUGGAAUAUGAUACUGUUAUACGAUAUGAACCAAAGCAACCAGAUCUUUGGGAAAAUGCUGUCGUACAUAUAAUUCGACCCGAGCCAUUAGAUCCAAAUGGCCCGUGUGCAAACACAAAACCAUCUGAUGACAAUGCACCAAUACAAUUUCGACCAUCGUAUCGGAGUGUUGUAAUUUUACCACCAACAUGUUUGGAAACUGAUAAAAAUUACUUAGUGGAAAUUGAAUUAAAACGUUACAAAACUGAAACAGAUACACCAAGUGCAUCGAUAUUAAUAGAUUCUCUAGUAUUAAUACCACGAAUAGAUCGAUUACCAGUUUAUAGAGAUCCACAUAUGAGUGAAACACGUUUCCGUGAAAUUGAGAAGUAUUGUAAAUUUACGUACAAAGAUGUUCUGAAAAAUCAAAUUCCUGAAAUUUGUAAAAAAUACCAUAUGAGUACAAGUAUGCAAAUCUUCAAUGGAGCAUAUCCAUGUAAUUGUAACGACACUGGAUCUAUAAGUAAACUAUGUGAAAAAUAUGGAGGAUUCUGUCAGUGUAAGAAUAAAGUUGUAGGAAGGCAAUGUGAUCAAUGUGCUCCAGGUACUUAUGGUUUUGGUCCUGAAGGAUGUAAAGCUUGCGAUUGUUCUGGUCAAGGUUCACGUGAUAAUUUCUGCGAUCCAAUUACUGGACAAUGUAAAUGUCAAAAUUCCAAUACAUACGGACGGCAAUGUGAUCAAUGUCGUCCAGGAUUUUGGAAAUUCCCGGAUUGUCAGCAUUGCGAAUGUAAUGGUCAUGCAGAUACUUGUGAUUCUCGGACUGGUGCUUGCAUUAACUGCCGCGAUUCAACAUUCGGGCAUAAUUGUGAACAAUGUAAUAGAGGCUUUUACGGUGAUCCAAGAAUUGGAAUUGACUUACCUUGCAGACCAUGCCCUUGUCCUGGACCGAUCGGUAGUGAUCAUUCCCAUGCAGAUUCUUGUGCGUUGGAACCAACAACUUCUGAUGUAUUUUGUGAGUGUCAUACCGGAUAUGCUGGUUAUAGAUGUGAUGUUUGUGCUGACAAUUACUUCGGACAUCCAGAAAUACCUGGUGGAAUUUGUGAAGAAUGCCAGUGUAACAAUAACAUAGAUAUACUUCGACCUGGCAAUUGUAAUUCGACAACCGGGAAAUGUUUACGUUGUUUAUUUAAUACGGAUGGAGAUUCAUGCGAACACUGUAAAUCUGGUUAUUAUGGCGAUGCUGUAAACGAAAAGAACUGCCGGGAAUGUAUUUGUGAUAUAUUGGGAACAGAUCUUGAUGCUGGACCUUGUGAUCGUAUAACGGGUCAAUGUCCAUGUAAGAAAAAUGUUAUUGGAUUACAGUGCAAUGAAUGUAAAGAAAAUCAUUGGAGAUUAGCGUUAGGAAAUGGUUGCGAACCUUGUGAUUGUGAUCCUGUCGGCUCCUUAUCAGAACAGUGUAAUGUGUAUGAUGGACAUUGUGAUUGUAAACCCGGAUUUGGAGGCCGUCAAUGUAAUCAAUGUACAGCAAAUCAUUGGGGUAACCCUACCAUUGAAUGUUUCCCUUGUGAUUGCGAUCCUUCUGGAUCCAAAAAACUACAGUGUGAUCAAGUAAAUGGUUCUUGUAUCUGUAAUACUGGUAUCAGUGGCUUUAAAUGUAAUAAAUGUGCAAGAGGAUUCUUGGGCAGUGCACCAAAUUGUUCUCCGUGUGGUGAAUGUUUCACUAACUGGGAUUUAAUAUUGGAUCAACGAAAAGAACAAACAAAACAAUUAAUCGAAGAAGUGAAAAACACUAUCCAAGUCGGUACACCUGGUGCAUACACUCAAGAAUUUGAUUCAAUGGAAAAUUCUUUGGCAAAUAUUAAAGAAUUCUUAAGUAAAACUUCUGAUAGUUUAGUGGAUGCACAAGAUUUACAAAAUCAACUUGAUUUGAAACAACGCGAAGUUAACGAAACAGAAAGAUACGUAGAUGAUGCCGAUAAACGUGUCAACGAUAUUAUCACAAAUAUAACAAUACGUACAUUCAAUUUGGAUGAACUGAAACCUCAAUCUGAAGAAUUGAAAUUAAAUGCUGAAAAACUACGUAAUAACGCAACAAGCAUCCAAGAGGGUAAUGUAGAAUUAGCUCUUGCCCUAACUGAAAAAGCAAAAGAAAAAGUUGAUAAUAUAGUAAAAGAGGUGGCGGCGUCUCGUCAACAAAUCGAAAGGGCUGAACAAAAUUGCAUUGCGGCUGAAUCGUUAGUGAAUCGUACGAAACAAGAGAAAUUCGAUGAAACUAAAUCGAAUCUAAAUGAUAUUCAAACAACUUUGGAUGGACUUUUAAAUAAUAUCACAUCGUUAAAUGAGGAUAUUUGUGAUCGAAAAGGUGUGCUUGAGGGUGGUAAAUGUGAUUCGAUUUGCGGAGGAGCGGGUUGUGGUUUUUGUGGUAAAUCGACGUGUGAUGAAGGUGCUAUUGUUAAAGUUGAUAAUGCCGAUAUUCUAGCGAACGAAGCUGCCAAAGUUAUUAAGAAUAAGGAAUUAAAAUCGGAAGAGUUGUUGCGAAAUCUUUCUCAAAUUAAUAGUGACACAGCGAAAGCUCACGAAGAAGUCACAAAUGCUUAUAAUAGAGCUUUAGAGACGAAUAGAACAGCUAGCAGUCAUUUACAAAAAGUUGAAGAAACCAUCGAUAAAAUCAAAAACUUGAAUUCAUCAAGUAAAAAUUCACCCAAAGAACUACAAGAAUUAGUGAAUAAGAUUUUCACGUUGAAAAUAUCAUCAAAACCAGAAGAUAUACAACAAUUAGCUGAUAAAAUUACGAAAACUGUCACAACAUUAACAGAUAUUGAAGCAAUUUUACGUGAAACUGAAAAUGAUGUUAGUUACGCUAAAAGACUUUAUGAUGAUGCAGUUCAAACCAAAAACGAUGCUGAAAAUGUUUUGGAACGAGCAAGUACUGUUAAAGCAUCAUUGGCGCAAGCAAACGCUUCACAAGAAAACAUUACAAACUUAUCAGAAAAAGUUAACCAAAACAUUAGAGAUGUACAAAAGAAUUUAGAAGAUAUCUCAAAUGAAAGUCAAGUGGCCAAGAACAAAGCUGGAGAGUCUGUAAAUCAAGUUGAAAUAUUAGAUUCACGUUUGCGAACCGUUCAAACAAACUUUUUGAAAAACCAAAUUGAUGCAGGAAAUGUGGAAGCAGAUGGUAAAAAAAUUGUUGAAGAAGCUGAUAGAGCAAAAGCUGAUGCUGUCAAAUUACAAUCAGAUUAUUCGGAAGCUAAUAAAUCAUUAGCUGAAAAAGUACAAUAUUCACAAAAUAUUAAAGAGCGAGCAAACAAAUUGUUCGAACAAGCUACUAAAUUAAACGAAAAUAUAACCAACAAAAUUGAUUAUUUAAAAGAUUUAUCAUUAGAAUCUCGAGAAAAAGAACAAAAAUUAAAAACUUUAUCAUCGAAACUGGAUGAUUUAAAUUCUGAAAUGGAUCAAUAUUUGAGUGUUAUUCGUGCUCGUUCGUCGUAUUAUCGAGGAUGUAAUACAUAAUUGUGGAUGUGGAUAGUCGAAUAAAUAAAUCAUAUAAAAAUUGAUAAAUAUCUUGUAAAUAUCAAA